GUAACUACAUCCAUAAGAAGUCUACUUAAACAAAUGUCAAUACCUUGAUUUUGAUAACAUAAAACAAAAACAAAAAUGGAAACUUUACAAUGUCGUCAUCAGCAUGUCUUCAUUUUGCUUCUUGUCCUAUUUCAUUCCUCUCUGUUUGGUUUAGCUUCAAAGAUCGAUGUUUCUGACGAUGCACGAGGCAUCAGAAUCGACGGUGGCCAGAAACGUUUUCUAACUAAUUCUCCUCAACAUGGCAAGGAACAUGCAGCGUGUACGAACGAAGAACCUGAUCUCGGUCCGCUGACGCGUAUUUCUUGCAAUGAACCUGGAUAUGUUAUUACAAAGAUCAAUUUCGCUGAUUAUGGCAAUCCCACUGGUACAUGUGGACACUUUAGACGUGGCAAUUGCGGUGCACGAGCUACCAUGAGGAUCGUCAAAAAGAAUUGUCUUGGAAAAGAGAAGUGUCACCUUUUGGUUACGGAUGAGAUGUUUGGUCCGAGCAAGUGCAAAGGAGCUCCUAUGCUCGCUGUUGAAACCACUUGUACAAUAGCUUAGGUUUCAUCAUAUAUUGCCUGCCCCUAUAUAGAGAGAUUUCUUCAAGUGUAUUGUUUUUGUUCAUCUUUUCUCGUUUUGGUCAAGCUGUUGUUUAGAGUUUCUUUGAUGCAUGGAUCUAUAUGUUGUCGUCUUGUCGAUUAUGUUUCAAGUGCUUUAAUUUUACAUAAUCAAUGUAGUCAUGUUUUUGUUUCAACGCAGACAUUAAUGGUUUA